GUCACGGUAUUCUAUUCCCAGAAACGCUGCCAUCAAGAUGAGUGAUUCACCCGCUAAAACCAAAAAGGUUUCCAAGCCCAAGGCUAAGCCUACCCAUCCCCCUACAUCGGUGAUGGUGAUGGCGGCCAUCAAGGCGUUGAAGGAGCGCAACGGCUCAUCUUUGCCCGCCAUCAAGAAGUACAUCGCUGCCAACUACAAAGUCGAUGUGGUUAAGAACGCCCAUUUCAUCAAGAAGGCCCUCAAGGCUUUGGUCGAGAAGAAGAAGCUCGUCCAAACCAAGGGAGCUGGUGCCUCCGGCUCGUUCAAACUGGCCGCUGCCGCCAAGGUCGAGAAGCCUAAGGCUGUUGCCAAGCCCAAGAAGGCCAAGACUCCUAAGAAAAAAGUUGCGGCCAAGAAGCCCGCUGGUGAGAAGAAGGCUAAGUCUCCUAAGAAGAAGACUGCUGCCAAGAAACCCGCCGCUGCUGCUGCCAAACCCAAGAAGGCCAAGACCCCCAAGAAGAAGGCUGCACCCGCCAAAAAGACUCCCGUGAAGAAGGUGAAGAAAACCUCUCCCAAAAAGAAGGCCGCCCCCAAGAAGAAGUAAAUGAAUUUUGAUCGGUGCUAAGAUCCAACCGCACAAGGCUCUUUUCAGAGCCAAAACAUACUCAUUUAGAGGUUAAUUUCUAAGCUAUCCUUGAUGGGGAAUCUUUCUUAUAUAAAGCGGAAUUGGGACUGGAAGGUGAGGAAAAUGAUUUUGAGGCUGGUACUUCACAGUUUUACAUCAAGGUAUGGUAAACAGCGUCAACGAUAAUAGGAAUUUAAGUUGGGUCGAGGAUGCUCGCAAGAUAUGCCCUCUGCCUUAAUAUACCACGUGGUUCUGUAACGUCAACACCACUGAGUUGAACACGACAGUAAUAAUCACUACUAUAUGCAUGACCAACUUAUAUAUUUUAAUCGGUCGUUGCAACUUUCGCAUGUUUAUGAACAAAUUUAAUUGAUUCCUUUACUCCGUUUCUGCUCCGCUCAAAAAAUGUUCUAAAUCAGAUUAUCUUCAACGGAAGUUAUUCCAAUUGAUGUCUUGUAACCUCGAUUCUUAAUUUCUAUUUAUUUCCCUCUGCAUAAUGGUGCCAAAAGGCAUA